AUGACACCCACCGAGUGUUUGCCACCUCCUGGCCCCGGGGCAGGUUUGUUGCCUGCUGAGAGACCACUCUCUGCCCGUCCCAGGGGCCCCAGCCGGUGCCAGGGGCGAGUGGAGAUCCUCUACAACGGCUCCUGGGGAACGGUCUGCGAUGACGACUGGGACAUUGUGGAUGCCAACGUGGUCUGUCGCCAGCUGGGCUGUGGCCACGCCAUCACCCUCCCGGCUGCCAUGACCUUCGGACAAGGGAGUGGACCCAUCUUCCUGGACAACGUGGACUGCAAGGGCCGGGAGGCAGCCCUGAGCGAGUGCUGGAGCCACGGCUGGGGCAUCCACAACUGCUACCACUACGAGGACGUGGCUGUCAUAUGCAAUGAGCUCUUGCCCACCAUCCGUCUGGUGAGCGGGAUCGACACCUGCCAAGGCCGGGUGGAGAUCUUCUACCGCGGGAACUGGGGCACCGUCUGUGACGACGACUGGGGCUUGAGCGAUGCCAGCGUGGUGUGCAAGCAGGUGGGCUGCGGCCAAGCCCUGGAUUACAAGAGCAACGCCUAUUUCGGCUACGGCACGGGGCACAUCCUCCUGGACAACGUCAACUGUGAUGGCAGCGAGCCCUUCCUCUCCGCCUGCUACAGCCUCGGCUGGGGCAUCCAUAACUGCGGCCACCAUGAGGAUGCUGGGGUCAUCUGCACAGGGCUGGACACAUCCACCAUCACGUCUUUCACCACCUCAGUGGCCCUGGACUACGAAGAGACGCUCACUGCCACAGCCACAGUGACAGACGGCAGGGACCAGCCCUCCCACGCCACCGAGGUGGUCACCACCGCUCUCCUUACUGUCGAGCAGGAAAGGGUUACCCUGUACCCCAGAGGCUCACCCCAUGCCCCCAGGGGCUCACCCUCCAUCCCUGGGGGCUCACCCCAUGCCCCUGGAGGGUCAUCAGGGGACAUUGGACCCCCUGAGGAUCCCCAGUCCCCCCGGCGGCGUGCCUGUGCUGGGGCCCCCCACGCAGGUGGAGGCGUGCGGCUGGUGAAUGGGAACGGGAGCUGCCGCGGGCGGGUGGAGGUGUGGUACCACGGCACCUGGGGCACCGUCUGCGACGACGACUGGGACUUCCCCGACGCCCAGGUGGUGUGCCGGCAGCUGGGCUGCGGCACCGCCCUCGCCGCCACCAUCCUCGGCUUCUUCGGCUAUGGCAGCGGGCCUGUCCUGCUGGAUAACGUGGGCUGCGGCGGCGGCGAGGCUCGCCUGGCCGACUGCUUCCACCUGGGCUGGGGGCAGCACAACUGCGGCCACCACGAGGACGCCGGGGUCAUUUGCCGAGGUGAGAGCGAGAGGUCCCUGCGGCUGGUGAACGGCAGCCACCGGUGCGAGGGGCGCGUGGAGAUGUUCUACCUGUCCCAGUGGGGGACGGUGUGCGACGACGCCUGGGACCUGCGGGAUGCCAAGGUAGUGUGCAGGCAGCUGGGCUGCGGGCACGCCGUGGCGGCCUGGGGCGAGGCACGCUACGGCCGGGGCACCGGCUACAUCUUCCUCGACAACCUCAAGUGCAAGGGUCAUGAGCCCUCGCUGCUGCGCUGCUCCCACAUCCGCUGGGACGUCCACAACUGCGACCACUCCGAGGAUGCUGGUGCCGUCUGCGGCAUCCUAUGA